GAAGCGGCUCCGCCUCCGAGGGAAGCAGAGCGUGGCUGGGAGGCAGCAGAGCCGCGCCAGGAGGCAGCAGAGCCGCGCCGGGAGGCAGCAGAGCCGCGCUGGGAGGCAGCAGAGCCGAAACCAGGAGGGGAGGCAGCAGAGCCGAAACCGAGAGGGGAGGCAGCAGAACCGGGAGGAUCAGAAGCGCGGUUGCAAGCCGGAGGAGGUGCUGCGGCAGGGGCGGAAGCCGAAGAGCAAGGGCGACAACGCCGACGGGUCCAGGCAGGACGCCCAGAACAACGCCGCCACCCCGGUCCUCCGCAGCAGCAGGGAGGCGAAGAGCUUGCAGGCGGCGUGCGACGCGCGCCGGGAGUGCGGCGACCUGUUCUUGCUCUUGCACUUGCUGGAGCCGCUGGCCGCUGCCGAUGACAUGCUGAAGCGCUACCCUGACUUCUUCGUCUACGCGGGCGACGACUGCGCCAACCGAUGGGCGACGUUCCUGCGCGCCUUCGAUCGGCCUGACAAGUUGGCCGGCAGGCUGCGGGAGGCGCUCGGGGUGACGGAGGAGGAGAUUUCCGACGCCAAGCGCCGACUGGAGAGCGGGGAGUGGCACUUGCACCACGUCGCGGAGCUCCUGGACGAGCGCCUGGGCUUCGCCCACGGCGCCCACUCCGUGGCGGCCGCGGUCCGCCUGGCGGCGAGCGACGCGUCGGCCGCGCUGGGCGACGGCAACCCGCUGAGGGCGCACCUGGCGGAGGCGUGGCAGCGCAGAUCCUGCAACCGCGGCCCGCCCCGGCACGCCGCCAUGCCUGCGCGCCUUCGGGAUCGCUCUGAGUGGUUCCAGUGCCCCGCGCCCGCCCUGCAUUAUGCCUGCCGCAUGUGCGAGGCCGAGUUCCCCAACAGGGAGGCGUUCAAGGCGCGCCAGGGCAGAGUCCACGGGGGGCAGCGGUGGUACCAGUCGCAGUAUGUGGCGCGGUGCGAGCUGGAGCCCUACCAGCCGUCGCCGACCGAGGAGCGCCAGGUGGUUGCCAGGUUCCGCAUCUCCCAGUUCUGCGCCACCGUCGAUCCCGUCGACGAGCCGUUCGUCCCGAAGCUCGACUCGGAGAUGCAGAAGCAGCUCGUCCACGCGGAGAUCGUCGGCAGGAUCGCCGGCAAGAUCGGGCAGGCGGCGUGCCAGGCGAGGGAGCCCCGCGCUUUCCAGGCAUGCGUCUGCUGCGCCAUGCAGCAGUGGUCCGAGAACCUCCACUCGGAGUACCUCGUCGGCGACAAGUGCACCAUAAAGGGCCGGGCCCAGUUCGCGGACUGCCUGUCGGCCGAGUGGUAUCACCAACGAUGGCCCCUCAUACCGCGCGACGAGCUGAUGUCGUCGGCCGUGGACUUCCCCCACAACGACUGCGAGGGCUCGCCGACGUCCACGAAGAUACUCUUGCACAAGAGGCGCGUGCCCCCGGAGGCGCUCGAAGAGAAUGUGCCAGUGAAAGUCUGCGAGGAUUGCCGGAGAGACCUGUGGUCUGAUCACCCCAAGGUGCCGCUGAUGGCGUUGGUGAACGACCUCUGGUUGGGCCGCCACCACCCGCUGCUCAGGAAGGCCGCUCUCGCACACCAGAUGCUGCUCGCGCUCGGCCGCGUCGUGUCCACGAAGAUCUACCUGUCCAGCAAGGGCGCCGACAAGGCCGUCCGGCAGGAGCAGCAGUCGUGGGGGCAGAAGUUCUUGCAGUACGCCAUGCAGGGCACCGCCAUCGUGUUCGGGAACGGGAACGUGGACCAC